CCCCACCCACUGCUUUUGCCCUGCGCCAAUUAACGCACUUCUGCGGGUGGGGAAGCUGGCCCCUCCAUACCUGGCAACUGGUCCACUUGCUCCCGGGCAGAUUUUCCGUUCAGUUCGUCGUGGUCCCCUCACGGCCCUCUAAGCAGUUGCCCCGCGGAAGUAGCCAAGUGUUCCGCCCCCUGGUUGCCAUAACAGCAGUACGCGACGCCUCCUUGAGCCUUUCUCGUCUUUCAAAGCAGUCCUUCCUGGUCGGGGCCAAGACCCUCUCCGGAACCUCAUCUUUAGUCGAGCAGAACCAGGGUCUGCGCCCCUUUGCGAGCGAAGGAUUGGGUGGGAGGGUUGAAGACGGCGUCAGUCUGGUGCCCCAGAGGGGACAGGGAAAUGGGGCUAGACGGGGAGGAGCACUGAGCUUGAUUUGACUCCGGAGCCUUCAGCCAGGAAGAAAGAUGUCAGAUGAAGAUGAUCUGGAAGACUUCGAUGCAGACCAGGAUGAUCUGGAAAAGGAAGAGGAUGAGAAGGAGACAGAGGAGUGGGAGGACUACAGGAAGGAGGGAGAAGACCUCUCUGAGGAAUGGUUGCCCACCCCCCUCACGGAGGACAUGAUGAAGGAAGGGCUUUCUUUGCUCUGCAAGACGGGCAAUGGACUGGCUCAUGCUUAUGUCAAGCUGGAGGUUAAAGAGAGGGAUCUGACAGAUAUCUACUUGUUGCGUUCCUACAUCCAUCUGCGCUAUGUGGAUGUUUCUGAGAACCACCUGACAGAUUUGUCCCCACUCAAUUUCCUUACACACCUGCUCUGGCUCAAGGCUGAUAGCAACCAUCUGCGGAGUGCCCGGCUGAAUGAACUGCCCUACCUGCAGGUUGCCAGUUUUGCCUAUAACCAGAUCACUGACACAGAGGGCAUCUCUCACCCUCGUCUGGGCAGCCUGGAUCUCAAAGGUAACCGCAUCCGCAUGGUGACAGGUCUGGACCCCCAAAAGCUGAUCAGCCUGCACACCUUGGAGCUUCGGGGGAACCAGAUAGAAACCACCCUGGGAAUCAACCUUCCUAAACUGAAGAACCUCUUCUUGGCCCAGAACAUGCUGAAGAAGGUGGAGGGCUUGGAGAACCUAAGCAAUCUCACUACCUUGCAUCUUCGAGACAACCAGAUUGAGACUCUGAGUGGCUUCUCCAAGGAAAUGACAUCGUUACAGUAUCUCAACCUGAGAACAGACCAUGGUGCUCCCAGGUUCCUGGAAGGGCAGAGGCAGGACUGGAGCAGGUUGGACAGACAGCCCCUCUGCUGCAAAGCUCGCAAUGCUGAGCACGCCAGUCCGCAGAGGGGCAACAUGGUGACCCACCUGGGAGAGCUGGCCAAGCUUCGGGACCUGCCCAAGCUGCGAGCCCUGGUGCUGUUGGACAACCCGUGUACAGAUGAGAGUGACUAUCGCCAGGAGGCCCUGGUGCAGAUAGCACACCUCGAACGCCUGGAUAAAGAUUUCUACGAGGAGGAGGAGCGGGCUGAGGCUGAUGAGAUCCGUCAGAGGAUGAAGGAGACCCAGGAGCAGGAGGCUGAGCCUGAGCACAGCUUCGAACUGGAGCAGUCUUCCAUGUAGCAGCAGCUCUUUUAGCCUCCAAGAAUGGAGAUCAAAGACACUGGCCCUAAGACCCCAGAAGACUCCCAGUUAGGGGGGCUUCCACGUUCACCCCCCUCAUCCUGAGACAGAGCAUGCCCUCUCUUGCCUCACACCUGGGAAUUCAUCACAGCUUGCUGUCCAGGCUCUGGGUGGGCACCUGGGCCGCGUCCGGGUGGGCCUGAGCCCUGCCUGGAACGUGUGUGUGUGUGUGUGUGUGUGUGUGUGUGUGUGUGUGUGUGUGAGAGUGUGUUUGGGUGUGGCAGCCCUCGGGCAGGUAUGGGAAAAUCAGGCCUGGAUGGGCCCAGGGGAUGCUCCUAGAGUUGGCUGCAGAGGAGCUGCGGAGGCGGCUGGGUGUGUUACAACAGUUCGGUUUUCAAAUAAAGAGACAUUUUGAUA